AUGGCGGUCCAGGACCCGCUCCUGGUGGAGGAGGGCGGGAGGUGGGCGCCGGAGGUCGACAGGAUCUACGAGCAGAGCUUCAGACCGACGCCUUUGGGAUUGAAUUUCACCAUGGGCCCAGGGCUCCGGUGGGUCAGAGCAGCGACGGUCUUCACACUUGUCAUGUGGAUGCUCGUCAUGCCUAUCGUGUACACCCAGUUGACAUGCGACCCCGAGACGCUCGACGCUCAUGCCGCAAAGCACCCCAUGUGGGUCUGGGCCAUCUUGCUCGUGUUGUCAGCUGUGGUCGUACUCGCGGAAGCGAAGGCCCUGAUGUAUUGCAUGCGGCCGUUCAAAGAGUUACGGAGGGCUGCUGGCUUGACAGAGGCCCGACUCGGCAUACUCGGUAUUUUCAAAGUCAGCGAUACGAAGUACAUCCUUUUUAGGUUGUUCUCGACAUUCGUGAACGUGUUCUUCGGCUUGUAUGUCUUUGGCCUCAGCAUGGUGCAGUCAGCAGGGGAUCAGCUCUGUCGCGGCACGACCCAGUGGCAUUUCGCGUGGGAUGCGACGAUGUUGCAAUCAUGGUUUUCGUUCAUCUCACUUUUCUUCUGGGACAAGGUGGGAAACCUUACGCACUGCUAUUUUGCAUGUGUGGUUCUUCUGUUCAUAUCUUUCCCGAGGGCGCUGCUUCAUUCCAUCCCGGCACCUUUGCGAGCCGACGAAACCAUGGAGAGGGAAACCACAUGUUGUUUCAUUUGGAUACUUCGGGUUUGUAGGGACGCCUGGACGCCAACGCCACCAGUCGACAUGGCUGUCAAGACAGUGUACGACAUGGAAUCUAAAAAAUGGAAGGAGGUGCGCUUCCGCUCCUGUUGGAGAAGACUCUGUGAUCGUUGGUCACAAGUUGUAAAGACUACAGCAAUGCGCGUCACUGGUGUUGAUUUGGGAGGUUGCCAUUGCCUCGAAAGCGUUUGGUUGUCAACGUUUUUUACUGACGCUAGCGUUUCAUUGGCCGCAGUUAUGGGGUUGGACGGCUUGAAAGAUAUAGCCCAAACGUUGGCCAUAUGCCAACUACACAAAUUCAGACGAGAAGUAGAUUCGGGCAACAUAGACGAAAAGGAAACCAAAAGGAAGUUCGUACAGAUGCAGCGGCGCUUGAUCCUCGUCCUCGAGGCGGCACUCCGGCAGACGUACGGCCACACCGUUAUGAGAGGCGGCGUCAUCCUCAAUCUGCAGGUGACGCAGUUCUAUCUCCACAGGGCAGUCAUGUUGCACACCAUGAACACUAUUUAUAUGGACCACCCGACGCUUUACUCAAUCUUGUUCACGGUUGGAUCUGUGGUAGUGUUCGAUUUGAUGAUCCAGUUGAGACAAGCUUUACACAUGUAUUGUCAAGUGAUGGGGACCAUCCGCAGCAAGGUUUCUGGUGGUACGACGCUUGAGUCGAUAGGCAGUUCUUGUAAGCAAGACAAGAAGACGAUUAAUUUGCUCAUGAUGUAUGUGAUAUGUUGGGCAGUCAUUGGUUACUCGCUUUUCGCAUACGCCGUCCUCAAGCUGUACAUGUCGCUGAUGGCUUGCCCAGGUGAAGGUUACAAUUUGGGCAGUUGCGCGCCGAUUCCUUGGGACUGCUUGAACACCACACUGCAUCCCGACAAGGUAGGCUGCAUCCGGAACUCUGUAUAA